AUGAUCUUCUCCUCACGGCUCACCGCUGUAGCGGUUGCGAGUCUGUUAUCCAGAGCACUCUCGUACUCUCUCUCAUCAACGGGUCAAACAGUGGAGCUCGAUGGAGUGGCAUACUAUGUCCCUGGAACACCCGUCCACACCAUACAGAAUUAUGGAAACUCCUGGGGCAGGCCGAAAAGUGAGGGAUUGACACCACUUACAGUCAUCACGACGACCAGCGCGGCUGUGCAUGAUCUCGGCUUAGUCGUUGCCAACUGGACUACCAUUGAUGACGUCUUCAGUGCAGGCUUCCUCGAGUCUGUCUACAUCCAAUAUACUGGUUCGAAGCCAUAUGGACGUCCCGGAUAUGGCAACCUCGGCUUCAAUGGCACGGCCACCGUGUAUACCGCUUCUGCCACGAAUACUACAGCAAUUCCUCAAGGACCAUACUUUGUGUCACCUACUGGUGCUAUCUACGAAGCCUGGAGACUGUACAGCGACUUUGCUGGUGCCUUCACAGAGACCCUCAUUGCAGGAUCGAACGGCGCUUAUCAAGUCCUCCCAGCCAACCUACCCGGUCAAUCCCUCGCCGUGGCGGUACCCAGCCGGCUCUACUACAGCAAGACUGCUGAGAAGCCUCUCGCUGGUGUUAGACUAGGUGUCAAGGACAUCUACAAUGUUGCUGGUGUUCGGACUUCUGAUGGCAACCGUGCCUGGUACUACCUCUACCCGCCUGCUACGGCUAAUGCGUUACCAAUCCAAAGGCUAGUCGACGCUGGUGCCAUCAUCGUAGGCAAGAUGAAGACCUCGCAGUUCGCAAACGGCGAAGAGGCUACAGCGGAUUGGGUCGACUAUCAUUCACCUUUCAACCCAAGAGGAGACGGAUAUCAGGACCCGAGCUCAUCUUCAUCUGGACCAGGCGCUGGAGCUGGUAGCUACUCCUGGCUUGAUCUGACCAUUGGAAGUGAUACGGGAGGCUCGAUUCGCGGACCAUCUCAAGUUCAGGGUCUAUUCGGUAAUCGUCCAUCGCACGACCUGGUAGCGCUUACCGGCGUCAUGCCUUUGGCACCCGAGCUCGAUACAGCUGGCUUCCUCACUCGUGAUCCAUACCUCUGGGCCGAGGCGGCGAAGGCGCUGUACGAGGACAAUGUGACCAUCACGCACAGCUACCCGUCUCAGAUCAAGCUCUCUGGCUUCCCUGUCAAUGUCACAAUGCCUGGUGAUCAACUCCUGCUUGACUUUGCUUCGAAUGUCAGCUCUCUCAUCAACGCAAAGGCAGCGGCUUGGAAUAUCAAUACUGCGUGGAACACAACGAAACCAGCUGGAGCAGAUCCGAGCUUGACAGAUCUCCUGAACAUCACUUACCCCAUCAUCAUCGCGCAGGAACAGACAAAGCUCGUUCGCGAUCCAUUCUACAAGGAUUACGCGGCUGCUCACGAUGGCAGACGACCAUUUGUUGAUCCAGCGCCACUUGUGCGAUGGGCGUUUGGCGAUAGGUAUCCAACGUCGACGCUCGAUAUCGCGAACGCCAAUCGUACUAUCUUCGCGGACUGGUUUGCGGAGAAUGUAUUGGUAGGGGACAGUCAAACCUGCAGCGAUAGUCUAUUGUUGUAUGUCGGCUCCGAGGCAAGUGUCAACUACCGUAACCAGUACAGUGGACCGCCAGCAGUUCCGACUGGCUUUGGUAUAAGUAGAAUCUCACCCUUCUGGGGUGGACCUGACUUCGUUGUGCCUUUCACAGUGGGCCAAGCUUCCUACUUCUCCAAUAUUACUUUGCACGAGGAGUUCUUGCCCGUGACCGUCGACAUCAUGGCAGCACGAGGCUGCGAUGGUAUGAUCUUUGGCUUGGUGCAGGAUCUGGUAAAGGCUGGUAUCCUCAAGCCGAGUGUGGCUGGAUACAGUGAUGUUGAUGGUGGACAAGUCUUGUUCAGGCGAGAAGCGUGGUGA